AUGCUCACAGCAAACACGCGCGGAGCAUCCCCGCGCCUGUCGGGGGCUGACAGGUCCCACGAGCUGCGGCCUGUGCAGAGCCUUCUCACCGCCUUGUCCUCACCCGACAGCCGCCCCGAGGGCUCGGACACCAGCACACACCGGGAGUCCUGCUCUCACCCGGAGCGAACCUGCUGGGCAGCGCCCUGCGGCCGAGUCGGGAUUCUGCUUCCCAGCAAAUUAAAGCCACCACACAGCCAGGGAGGGGCCAGAAAUGCCCACCCCACGUUUACUGGGGCAGGAAUGAAAAUUUCUAUCCAUGGUCUUUCUCUUAGGCCUGGAUAA